CUGUUAAGGCGCAAGGUUUUCGAUUAGUUAUCGUCUUGAGUGGCUGCAGUGCGGAUCGUGUUGUUUUAUUGAACCAAGUUUCAAAAGUUCUAAUUAUUUGCAAAAUGCAAACAACUUCGAUGUUGUUGGUAGCGGUGUGCUUGUUCGCAUCGAUCUAUUCAGCAUUAGGUAUGCGAGGCGUUAUUCAUCGAGAUGGUCAAGUGUGUGACGCAUGUGCCGAUGGAUAUGUUACGUAUAAAGAUACCUACACUCCGGAUGAGGUGGGAAAACGAGUGGUUUAUGGAACUGAACAACGUGUCAUUUCGCGACCAUCAAGCUCAUACGUAGUUAAUAGAGGCGACUAUUCAAAUCGUCAAGGUUGUAUUGGCAAUCCUUGCGGUGUAAACGCAAAUUGUCACGAAGCAUUGGGUCGUCCAGUGUGCUCCUGCCCAAUUGGAUACAGCGGCAACCCAUUAUCGUAUUGUCGACGAAGCGAAUGUCUUGAUCACACAGAAUGCGCCGGUCAUCUGUCGUGUCGCAAUGGCAAUUGUGUGGACCCAUGUGCGGGAACAUGCGGUGUUAAUGCUGAUUGUACUGUCAGAAAUCACGUCCCGGUCUGCUCGUGUCCAUCCAGGUUUCGAGGAGAUCCAUUCACCUAUUGUACUCGUGCCGAUCCAGAGGAGGGUUGUCACACUGGUGGACAGUGGGGCCCUUGCGGUGCUAACACAAAAUGCGAAGUUGUCAAUGGCGUUCCAACUUGCAGUUGCUUGCGCGGAUACGUCGGUAGUCCUUUGAGCGGAUGCCGUCAUGAGUGUGAAUCUGAUUAUGAUUGCGGAAGCCAACAAUACUGUCAAGACUACAAAUGCCAACAAUCAUGUUCACAAUGCGGUGUCGGUGCUGAGUGUGUCCGAGUCUCAAAUCAUCGUGCCGUUUGCGAGUGUCCAAAGAACUAUUUCGGAAACCCACUUGUGGAAUGUCGUGCUGAAUGCUACGGAGAUCGUGACUGCCCAUCUGGACGACCAGCAUGUAUCUAUGGCGUGUGCAAAAACCCAUGCGAUGGUGCUUGUG